AUGUCUUUCGCACGACAGAUGUUCGGACAAGUUCAGCGCCGGGCCUUCACGGUCUCGGCUAGACAGUCCUCCAAGGUCACCGUCCUCGGUGCCGCAGGCGGUAUCGGCCAGCCGUUGUCCCUGUUGAUGAAGCUCAACCCCCGCGUUUCUGAGCUCGCUCUCUACGAUAUCAGACUCGGUCCAGGUGUCGCAGCUGAUAUCAGCCACAUCAACACAAAGAGCACAGUCAAGGGCUACGACCCAACUCCAUCAGGUCUGCGGGAAUGCUUGAAGGGUUCUGAGGUCGUUCUCAUUCCGGCUGGUGUUCCCCGAAAGCCUGGCAUGACCCGUGACGAUCUGUUCAACACCAACGCCAGCAUUGUCCGCGACCUUGCAAAGGCUGCUGCCGACGCCGCCCCAGACGCCAACAUUUUGGUCAUCUCAAACCCUGUCAACUCGACUGUCCCCAUUGUCCGCGAGGUCUUCAAGAGCAAGGGAGUCUACAACCCCAAGCGUCUCUUCGGUGUCACCACUCUAGAUAUCGUCCGAGCCUCGCGAUUUGUCUCCGAGAUCAAGGGCACCGAUCCCGCUACCGAGAACAUCACUGUCGUCGGUGGUCACUCCGGUAUCACCAUCGUUCCUCUGCUCUCCCAAUCUGGAGCUGGCGACAUCACUGGCGAGAAGCUCGAUACCCUGAUUAACCGCAUCCAAUUUGGUGGUGAUGAAGUCGUCAAGGCCAAGGAUGGAGCUGGUUCUGCCACCCUCUCUAUGGCCAUGGCUGGUGCUCGCAUGGCUGAGAGCUUGUUGAAGGCUGCACAGGGCGAGAAGGGUGUUGUGGAAUGCACUUUCGUCGACAGCCCAUUGUACAAGGACCAAGGUGUUGACUUCUUCUCUUCCCCGGUUGAGCUUGGCCCAGAUGGUGUCCAGAAGAUCCACGGAAUUGGCAAGAUCACCAAGCACGAAGAACAGAUGUUGGAGGCUUGCUUGGGUGACCUCAAGAAGAACAUUCAGAAGGGUGUUGACUUCGUCAAGGCCAACCCAUAG